AUGCCCGCCUCGACGUUCUUGGGCUCCGGCUCCAGCUCCAGCCCUCCCUUCUCUGUUCCCGGCCAGAGUGAUGUUGGCCCUCCUGUCUUCCCUGAAGUUGCGCCUCACCAGCUGGCGCCCGACACUGAGACCACGACCUUGCACGCUCUGGUCCGCACUCUCUCUGACCAAAGCAAUGCCAAGUUCUCGACCGACUCUGCUUCUGGUCCCACUCGCUACAAGGAUGCCGCCUUCUUCCACGCUACGAAGAUGAUGGAGCUCCCUUCGGAUGCUGUUGUGUUCGAGUUCGACCAGCUCUCUCAGGCCGAGGCUGCUCUCCAGGCCAAGAACGAGCUCGACAGUGAGGGACACGCCCGUUUCAUCAAGGUCGCCGAGUACGGCCAUCUGCUCAGGAGCUCGCACCCAAGCAAGCAGGUCUUCAACAAGUUCGAGGGCCAGAUCAUUGUCCACAUCACGCAUGACCGCGAGGACUUUGGCGAGACGGUUGAGACGCCUGAGCCUUACUUCGCUAUGCUGGCCUGGAUGGACCAGUGGCUUGGAAGCGACUCUCAGCGUGCUGUCGUCUGCACGGGCCUGACCGCCAAUGCUGUCGGCUAUGGCAUCCAGUUCCGCAUGGAGCUUGACUCUCUCAGCUUCACCGACUACUUGGUGAACGGUUGGUCCGCACCCCGCAAGAUCAAGGACCACGACUUCUUUGCCCAGGUCGAGCCCUUCCAGCCUGUCGGCUAUGAGCCCAUGCCCGUCGUCCAGCGCGGCGGUCCUAGCUACCAGCGCUUCAUUCAGCGUGGCAACGUUCCCGGCGCGAUGCAGCUCCAGGUUUACGUCCCUGGUGGCCCGGUCCAGCCUCACCGCGAGCGUGGCUACUCUGGCCCUCGCCGUUCUUCGUUCGGCUCUGGCCGUCGCGAUGACCAGAAUAAUGCGAUCGAUGUGGAGAAGAUCAGGCGUGGCCUGGAUGUGCGCACGACUGUGAUGCUGCGCAACAUUCCGAACCAGAUGACGACGUACGAUCUUCAAGCGCUUUUGAACACUUGGGUUCGGGGAAAGUUUGAUUUCUUGUACCUUCGCAUUGACUUCGCGAACAUGUGCAACGUUGGCUAUGCCUUCGUCAACUUCGACAUGCCUAUGACGAUUGUGGAAGUCAAGCAGAAGCUUGAUGCUCAUGGAUGGCCGGGCCACUUGGGCUCUACCAAGAGGGCCGCCAUGUCGUAUGCUACUGUUCAGGGUGUGGAGUCCCUGGUUGAGAAGUUUCGGAACUCGUCCGUGAUGCUGGAGCUUCCGAACUGCCGCCCCAGGCUGUUCUGGACUUUCCAGGACUUCCCCGAUCCUCUUCUACUGCCUCUCGUCGGCUCGGAGAAGGAGUUCCCGAAGUCGAACAACGAAGCCAAGCUUGCUCGCAGCCGUCAGAAUGCCGAGACGCAGGGUCUCUACCCUGCUCACUCCCGUGACGAAUUCCGUCACAACUACACCCACAGCCAGUUCGACCGUGGAAACCCGAACGGCCUGUACAGCGCUGGUCGCGCCAACUAUUACUAG